CCGCCUUUUCCCGCGGUCCAAACGGGGCCCAGCUGACGGGCCGCGUUGUUUACGGGCUCCAGCAGCCCUUGCUCCCGCCGCCCGCCCGCCGCCCGCCACCCGCCAGCCCAGGUGCCCGCCCGCCUGUCCGCGCGCCCCUCUGUCCGCGCGUCCCUCUGUCCAGGCGUCCGCAGAUCGCGGUCCAGAGCGCGCGGAGCGGAGAUCCGCGAGGCCGGGGCGCAACGAGGAGCUUCUGGGCCUUGAGAUCGAGGGACCGGGCCCGAGUCGCCGUGGCCGGGGGGUCGGGACCGCCUCCUCCCUGCCGCGCCACCGCUUUUGUAGCGGCCGAAGCCGCGCGCACGCCCCGGGGCUGUCUCAAGGGCCCUGUCGCGUGGGGGCUGCGGCCAACAAGUCACCCGCGUGGAAGAGAAGGACGCGUAGCCUCCAGCGCCUCUCCGAUAGCCGCCUCGGAGCAUGACCCCCGCGGCCCGGCUCCGCGCGCUCUGAUCCGCCGAGACCCCGCGCUCCCGCAGCCAUGGGCGCCGGGGGCCGGCGGGGGGCGGCGGCCGCGCCGCUGCUGGUGGCCGUGGCCGCGUUGCUGGUGGGCGCCGCGGGCCACCUGUUCCCGGGAGAGGUGUGUCCCGGCAUGGAUAUCCGGAACAACCUCACCAGGCUGCACGAACUGGAGAACUGCUCGGUCAUCGAAGGACACCUGCAGAUCCUGCUGAUGUUCAAAACCAGGCCCGAGGACUUCCGGGACCUCAGUUUCCCCAAGCUGAUCGUCAUCACCGACUACCUGCUGCUCUUCCGGGUCUACGGGCUGGAGAGCCUGAAGGACCUGUUCCCCAACCUCACCGUCAUCCGCGGCUCCCGCCUCUUCUUCAACUACGCGCUGGUCAUCUUCGAGAUGGUGCACCUGAAGGAGCUGGGGCUCUACAGCCUCAUGAACAUCACCCGGGGCUCCGUGCGCAUCGAGAAGAACAACGAGCUCUGCUACCUGGCCACCAUCGACUGGUCGCGGAUCCUGGACUCCGUGGAGGACAACUACAUCGUGCUGAACAAGGACGACAACGAAGAAUGCGGGGACAUCUGCCCGGGCACCGCCAAGGGCAAGACCAGCUGCCCCGCCACCGUCAUCAACGGGCAGUUUGUGGAGCGCUGCUGGACGCACAGCCACUGCCAGAAAGUUUGCCCGACCAUCUGUAAGUCGCACGGCUGCACCGCCGAAGGGCUCUGCUGUCACAGCGAGUGCUUGGGCAACUGCUCCGAGCCCGACGACCCCACCAAGUGCGUUGCCUGCCGCAACUUCUACCUGGACGGCCGGUGCGUGGAGACCUGCCCGCCCCCCUACUACCACUUCCAAGACUGGCGCUGUGUGAACUUCAGCUUCUGCCAGGACCUGCACAACAGAUGCAAGAACUCACGGAGGCAGGGCUGCCACCAGUACGUCAUUCACAACAACAAAUGUAUCCCCGAAUGUCCUUCCGGGUACACCAUGAAUUCCAGCAACUUGAUGUGCACCCCAUGCCUGGGCCCCUGUCCCAAGGUCUGUCACCUUCUAGAAGGCGAGAAGACCAUCGACUCCGUGACGUCGGCCCAGGAGCUGCGCGGCUGCACCGUAGUCAACGGGAGCCUGAUCAUCAACAUUCGAGGGGGCAACAACCUGGCUGCUGAGCUGGAGGCCAACCUUGGCCUCAUUGAAGAAAUUUCAGGGUAUCUGAAAAUCCGCCGAUCCUACGCUCUGGUGUCCCUGUCCUUCUUCCGGAAGUUGCGUUUGAUUCGAGGAGAGACGCUGGAGAUCGGGAACUACUCUUUCUACGCCUUGGACAACCAGAACCUCAGGCAGCUCUGGGACUGGAGCAAGCACAACCUCACCAUCACUCAGGGGAAACUCUUCUUCCACUAUAACCCCAAACUCUGCUUGUCGGAAAUUCACAAGAUGGAAGAAGUUUCCGGAACCAAGGGACGCCAGGAGAGGAAUGACAUCGCCCUGAAGACCAACGGGGACCAGGCAUCUUGUGAAAAUGAAUUACUUAAAUUUUCUUUCAUUAAGACAUCUUUCGACAAGAUCUUGCUGAAAUGGGAGCCAUACUGGCCCCCUGACUUCCGGGACCUCUUAGGAUUCAUGCUCUUCUACAAAGAGGCCCCUUACCAGAACGUGACCGAGUUCGACGGGCAGGAUGCAUGUGGCUCCAACAGCUGGACCGUGGUGGACAUUGACCCGCCUCAGAGAUCCAACGACCCCAAGCCCCAGCACCACCCUGGGUGGCUGAUGCGGGGUCUCAAGCCCUGGACCCAGUACGCCAUCUUCGUCAAGACCUUGGUCACCUUUUCUGAUGAGCGUCGGACCUACGGGGCCAAGAGCGACAUCAUCUACGUGCAGACGGACGCCACCAAUCCUUCCGUCCCCCUGGAUCCCAUCUCGGUCUCUAACUCCUCGUCUCAGAUCAUUUUGAAGUGGAAGCCCCCCUCGGACCCCAACGGCAACAUCACACACUACCUGGUGUACUGGGAAAGGCAGGAGGAAGACAGCGAGCUCUACGAGUUGGAUUACUGUCUCAAAGGUCUGAAGCUGCCCUCGCGCACAUGGUCCCCGCCCUUCGAGUCCGAGGAUGCUCAGAAGCACAAUCAGAGCGAGUACGAGGAUUCGGCCGGGGAAUGCUGCUCCUGCCCCAAGACGGACUCUCAGAUCCUGAAGGAGCUGGAGGAGUCCUCCUUCCGGAAGACCUUCGAGGAUUACCUGCACAAUGUGGUUUUCGUCCCCAGAAAAACCUCUUCAGGCAGUGGUACCGAGGAUCCUAGGCCGUCUCGGAAGCGCAGGUCCCUUGGCCUGGUGGAGAACGUGACGGAGCUGGCGCCCACGGCCCUGGUUCUCCCCAGCAGCGCCCCCAGCGAGCCGGCCAGCCAGGAGGAGCACAGGCCCUUUGAGAAGGUGGUGAACAAGGAGUCGCUGGUCAUCUCGGGCCUGCGCCACUUCACCGGCUACCGCAUCGAGCUGCAGGCCUGCAACCAGGACGCCCCCGAGGAGAGGUGCAGCGUGGCCGCCUACGUCAGCGCGCGCACCAUGCCCGAAGCCAAAGCGGAUGACAUCGUCGGACCUGUGACCCACGAGAUCUUCGAGAACAACGUCGUUCACCUGAUGUGGCAAGAGCCCAGGGAACCCAAUGGUCUGAUCGUGCUGUACGAAGUGAGCUACCGGCGCUACGGCGACGAGGAGCUGCAUCUCUGUGUCUCCCGGAAGCACUUUGCUCUGGAGAGGGGCUGCAGGCUGCGUGGGCUGUCACCAGGCAACUACAGCGUGCGCGUCCGGGCCACGUCCCUGGCAGGCAACGGCUCCUGGACAGAAGCCACCUAUUUCUACGUGACAGAUUAUCUAGACGUUCCAUCAAAUAUUGCAAAAAUCAUCAUCGGUCCCCUCAUCUUUGUCUUUCUCUUCAGCGUUGUGAUUGGAAGCAUUUACCUAUUCCUGCGGAAAAGGCAGCCAGAUGGGCCUAUGGGACCUCUCUACGCUUCUUCCAACCCUGAGUACCUCAGUGCCAGUGACGUGUUUCCCUCUUCCGUGUACGUGCCGGACGAGUGGGAGGUGCCUCGAGAGAAGAUCACCCUCCUGCGAGAGCUGGGGCAGGGCUCCUUCGGCAUGGUGUACGAGGGUAAUGCCAGGGACAUCGUCAAAGGCGAGGCGGAGACCCGGGUGGCCGUGAAGACCGUCAACGAGGCAGCCAGUCUCCGGGAGCGGAUCGAGUUCCUCAAUGAGGCCUCGGUCAUGAAGGGCUUCACCUGCCAUCAUGUGGUCCGCCUCCUGGGAGUGGUGUCCAAGGGCCAGCCCACGCUGGUGGUGAUGGAGUUGAUGGCCCACGGAGACCUGAAGAGCUACCUCCGCUCUCUGAGACCGGAGGCUGAGAACAAUCCCGGUCGCCCUCCCCCUACCCUGCAAGAGGUGAUUCAGAUGGCAGCAGAAAUCGCAGACGGGAUGGCGUACUUGAAUGCCAAGAAGUUCGUGCACCGGGACCUGGCAGCUCGAAACUGCAUGGUUGCUCACGAUUUCACUGUCAAAAUUGGAGAUUUUGGAAUGACCAGAGACAUCUACGAAACGGAUUACUACCGGAAAGGCGGCAAGGGCCUGCUGCCCGUGCGGUGGAUGGCACCCGAGUCCCUGAAGGACGGGGUCUUCACUGCUUCUUCCGACAUGUGGUCCUUCGGUGUGGUCCUCUGGGAGAUCACCAGCCUGGCAGAGCAGCCUUACCAAGGCCUGUCUAACGAGCAGGUGCUGAAGUUCGUCAUGGAUGGCGGGUACCUGGAGCAGCCCGACAACUGUCCGGAUACAGUCACCGAACUGAUGCGCAUGUGCUGGCAGUUCAACCCCAAGAUGCGGCCCACCUUCCUGGAGAUCGUCAACCUGCUCAAGGAUGACCUGCACCCCAGCUUUCCAGAGGUGUCCUUCUUCCACAGCGAGGAGAACAAGGCUCCCGAGAGUGAGGAGCUGGAGAUGGAGUUUGAGGACAUGGAGAAUGUGCCCUUGGAUCGGUCCUCCCACUGUCAGAGGGAGGAGGCCGGGGGCCGGGAGGGAGGGUCCUCGCUGGGCAUCAAGCGGAACUAUGAGGAGCACAUCCCCUACACCCACAUGAAUGGGGGCAAGAAGAACGGGCGGAUUCUGACCUUGCCGCGCUCCAGCCCUUCCUAACAGUGCCUGCGCGGGGGGACGGGUCUCCGUUUUCACUUUCCUCUGGUCUGAACGCCUCUAGAAAACUCAGGAUUCUCACGACUCUACCCCAACGUCAGACAGCGCUCAGAGAUCGUUCCUGUACGUUUCUGUUCAUCUUUUGGCCCAGAACACGCUGUGUGCUUGCCAACUCGACGGGUCCUCAGGAGACUUAACUGUGAACCUGGAGGGGACGGGGUUCCACGGCUGCUGCCCUUUGGGCGUCCACGGUUUCAAACCAGGAUUUUUUUUUUCUAGUAGAUUGAAAGAAAACACCCAUUUUUACGAAGUUUUUAUUUUUAUUUUGUCUUCUGCUAGUGUCUGAGCUACAGUUUAAAAGAGAAAACUUGUUUGUGGGACAAAAGUUUGAAAGAAAGAAACAAACAAAACCCUGUCCCAGCAGAAUCCCGAGCUUUACUGGGCGGGCUUCGGCAUCCAGGCAGAAGGAUUUGAUUAUUUUUUUUCUUGUUCACACCAUCGGUUCCUCAAGUUGACCAAUAGCUGCUGCUUUCCCACUUCUGAUGAGGGCGCACAGCCCUGGCAGGUGUGCCCGCGUGUGCUUUGGUGUGCGUGCGUGUGCAGGGUAGAGGCAGCUGCGUGUGUGCGCGUGCGUGAGCAUUCAUGCUGGGUUGAGGCUCUGGAAUGGGCUCUGACUGUCUGCGGUCGGCAGCUUCUUACUCCCUGGGAGGCUGUGCCCGAGACCGAUCCUUCUCCUGUCAGGACUCUUGCCUCAGGUGUCUUUUCUCUCUUCCCUUUGGUGAAUAAAAUGUUUUCCAGGAGUCCAGGGAGGAGCAUUUAGUUUGGAGUGAUCAUCUUGGCUGUUGGGAAGACCAAACAAAGCCAGGACAAAAAGACAAAGAAGCAAAAGGAAAAAAAAAGAAAAGAAAAGAAAAAAAAAAAAAAAACAAAAAACUGAGAUGACAGAGUUUUGAGGAUAUACUUGUAACAUAUUUAAUUUUUAAGAAAUCUCUGGCAUUAGCCUCAUAAGUUAUUGACUGUUUCCUGGAGGAGUUCUGGGUGGGUCUGCCUGUCUAGGGAGAGGGGGUGGGGCAUGGGUAGCCUCUUACUUGGGUCUUAAAGGUGUGUUUUCUGGAAAUUAGGCCACAUUAGCUGCUAACCCUUUUGGACAUUUUGAGGCCACAUGGAGUGUGUGGACAACUGGGUUUUAUGGUUGGUCUGGUUUGGACGUCAAGUUCUGCUGGAAAUGUCCGGCUUGGAUGAACUAGUAGUUACCUAGAGAUGGGCCCACCUUCAAGAACACCUGUGUUCACCCUUUGGUUCUCUGUGCGUACCUCCCCCCGCCACCCCUGGCAUUGCUUCUCCUGGGUGUGCACCUUCCUCAGUUACUGGGCAGACACAACAAAUCAGAUCCCAAAGACCAACACCAAGGAUGGACUCUGAGAACAUGAAGCAAUAUCACAGGGGAUGCCCUGAGAAUGUCGGUCCCCUCCAUCCUUGGGACAUGUGAGUGUCCUCAGUACCAAUCUCCCAGAGCUGCCCUGUGCCCAAGAACCUCAGCUGGGUCAGGAGUGGUACCUGAGCAUGUCCCUCAGGUGCUUAUAAUGUUGCAACCUCUAAGAGACUAACGUCUGGAGGAGAAACCAUCAAAGACUUUCCCACCACUGAACGGGUGUGAACCCACAGUUUUUUUCUCCAUGUGAGAAGAACCACAGCUGCUCAAGUGAAGAACAUGGUGAACUCUCCACCUGGGUUCAUCAAAACCGUGCCCACCGGUCACUCCUGAGUGUUUUCCUAUAGGUGUUUGAUUGCUUCCUUCUCCACUUCCUCUCAUAAGAGUUGUGGGGCAGACAUACAGUGACAACCUCCGAGCCCUCUCGAUUCUGGGUUGAGAACACAGGUAGACAUGAAUUCAAUCGCCUAUUACUAUCUUAUUUAUGUGAUUUGAGAAAAUACAACAUGUAAAGUAUUGCUGGGGAGCCUCAGUGAUUGGGUACAAGAAGCAAGAGUACAGAAAUUAUUUUCGCCAAUAUUAUUUUGUAAAUAGAAGAGGGUCUGUAUGUCAAUUAAAGACACAUAGAUCUAGGUAUUUUGUUCUUUUCGUAGUAAAUUUGUAGUGGUAAUAUACUACACUAGCAGCCGUUUUCACAUUUUUCUAAUUCAGAAAGGUUUUCUUAUAUUAGUGGGAAAAAGUAUUUAUUUUAAUAUAUAAAAUCACUCUAAAAAUCACUUUCAUAAAAAAUGGAGUGCAUGUAAAUUUUUAUCAAAGAAAAAUAAACAGGUGAAUGUGGGUCAUGAUUUUUUUUUCCAGCACAGUCUACCUCAGCGUAUUGUUAGGAUGUGGUUCAAUAACAGACAUCUUCGAGACUUCAGAAUUCUGCCUGGAUCCAGUUCAAAUCAGGAAAAAAGUGUAUCAGCUGAUUCCAAAUGGCAGGGACCAGUGAGAAUUUUGAGGGAGGGAGUUAGGAUGGAGAAGUUGUAGCCUUCAUGUGAACCUAAGUCCUGUUUCUCCCGACUGAUAGUAUUUCUCUCUGAAUUAAAUCUUCCUUUGAAAAAAAAAAAAAAUCCUGCAUCUAUCGACACUGUGUGCCCCAAACAUAAACCAAGUUUCAGGUCAUUACAAUGUAGCUGAAGUAUGGAUGGAGCACCUGGUUUGCCUUCCUCGGUUGACUUGUGGCUGUCUCAUCUGCCACGGAAAAGACCAGCUUUGGCUCUGGGCCAGAAUCCGUCAUGCCCCUGUCCCACUGAAUCCCUGAAAAGUGAGUGCAAAGAUAGCUUGGGUUCUCUGAGCCCAUUCCCAGUCCUUCAGACUGACGAUGCCCUGGGGUGGGGGGCAGAUGGAUCGUAUUCACAGGCACCUCACACACAAACACCUAUUGCAGGGUCUCCUUUCACGGGAGACAGGGGCAGGGGGUGUUUCUGGAAAUUCCAAUUCAAAACUCAGCAGUGUGCUGAACACAAUUUUAACCACAAAACCUUGAACCCUUGGCUUGGGACUUGAUUGACCUCCAGCUGAUACCGUCUGACCUUGUGCGACUUUGGGAAGGCUUGUGAAAGUCUGGCUGGGUCGGCAGGCAGGGCCCUUGUCUUGUUUGCCAAGCUUACUGCCCUUGUACUUCUGGCACUGCCCGGCGGACCCACUCCUCUCCACCCGUCUGGAGGGGGGUCGAGGGCCGGGCCUACCCUGUGCAAAUGUGGCUCCACCAAUCUCAUUUUGAUGUCUCCUGCUUCAGUGUGAAGGGCAGGCAGCUGUUGGUUCACAGAACUCCUUUUGGCGUUGGAAAAUGUUGACAAACAACAGAAGUUUGGCCCGAGAAAGGCAUGGCUGUCCUGGGAGUUGGAAGUGAUGGGUUACCAAAAAAGCAACAAAACUGGCUUAGGUGAACAUUCUCGUUAUUUGUUUUUAAAGACAUCCUCGUUCUUAUGAGCACGUUUUCAUCACAUGUGGAAUCGAUGCAAUUGUCUCUUCUUUCAGGAGGAGAAUCCCAAACACAUCUCUCUCCCUAGGUCAGGGCUGCCGAGCGCACACUAGGAAAUGUGCGUGUUCUGUGAGCUCUCCUGAGUGCUGUCCUCUCAUUUCAAGCUGGUGGGAAGGGGAUGCUGCCGUUCUCUGGGUAAAGCACGAUUUAAUGAAAAUGUGGAAUCGAGGAGAGAGUUAGCACUAAGAUGCUGUGACCUCUAGGAAUGGUGCCACCAACCGAUGAACAAUCUUUGAUCAUGCCAGGGCAGAUGGUCCAGUAUUGGAUGCGCUUGUUGGGUUAGGAAGUCCUUUCGCUGUAGACCACCAUAACACUAGUUGAUGGGCAGUGUGGCCAUCGAGGUGUGGUUCCUGCUGGCCAUCCUGGUAAGUGGACAGAUGUGCUAUUGUACCAGCAGUAGUCAUUUUUCUACUCCAUGGUGGGUGGAAUUUGGGGAUAAAUGUCUUGUGGAGGCCAUCUGGUGAGUCCUUGACACCUUAGGCUCUUCAGAAAUUCGGGUUUUAUUGGGGGUGGGGGAGGGGGAAUGGUUUUUAUAUAAAUGGUGUGCAUAGAGUAGUGUCAUUUCAGAAAAUCUUCCAGAAUGUUCUUAAGAAUACUAAUUUAUGCCAGAGGUUGGAAAUGGAAAGAACAGACCAGCACUUCUUCUUUAGAGCACAUAAAAAGAAGCUGAUGGCCUCUUAGGGGCUGUGACAAGGUAAAUAUAUCCUUAGGGGUCCUCAAGAAAUGGAGGCAAGCAAUGACCUUUUGAGCUCACUGUUACCUUCUGAUACUAAUCAAGGUCCAGAACCAGCCUCUAGCCAAAUGUUUAUGUGGGUGUGGGCCAUAAACAUCCUUGUUAAAAACCAGAUCAUGGAUCUGGGGCUCUCGGUUGCAUUUGACAAGGAAGGACUGUCCCCGAGUGUGUGUGAACACACGCGUGCAGGCGGCUCACCCGGUCUUUAUACUUUCUAGCAGGUCUGCUGUUCCCUGCCCCUUUGUGUGUCUGAGUGGCCUUGGCCCUGCAUGUCGCAAUGCAGAUCAAAUGUCCACAGCUUUUGCAGAAGGCAACUCAGAAACAUGAAACCCACCCAAAGCCCAAUUAUUAUGUUUUCAAUGUUUUCCUACAAGAGCCAAGUAGCACCAUGUACAGAAUAUGUCUUUUUUUGGUGGUGGGGGUGGGGGCCUGAAGGUAUUGGAAUUGUUCUGCAUGUAAAAUAUGGGAUAAUUACUUGUUUAUAUUAAAAUUCUGAAUAAAUUAUCUGAGAAUA